AUGCACAACUAUAUGAUGUUUUUUCUCUUAUUGAGUACGUUGUUGUUUCUCCAGUCCUCUGCUGAUGGAUCCAUCAAAACAGAGGAGAGUUACUGGACACUUAAACCAAAUGUGCUUGUGGUGAAUGUCAAUGUAGGUGAAGAUGUAAACGUGCCACUUAUCUGUGGAGAAGCAUAUGAAGGGGAAAAUAUUACAUGGACCAUGAUUACCAAACAAGGUUACAUCGAUUGUUCAACAAAUAACUAUGGAGGUUCCUUCAAAUGUAAUUGGACAUGGGAUGUAAAUAGGAAUGGCCAUGUUGCUCAUAUCAAAGCCACACGCCCUGGUGGAAGCAACAUCAGCUGCAGUCUGGAUUCCAGUGGGAAUAUCACAUGCUUAGACCAUGACUAUUGUCCCUAUGCAGAGGAGGUGGAGCGCAUCAACCUGACCAUAUACUUCAGAAGCAGCUUUGUUGUUGAAUCCUACAAUACAAGGUUCUACAUCAUGGAUAUCGUGAGGCCUGAUAUGGUGCCUAUUAGUAGGAUCAAUAAAACAUCCGUAGAGGUCAAAUAUCCACACUCCUGGAGCACACCAUCAUCCUACUUCCCUCUCAUGUUCCAAGUGAAAGAGAUUCGCUGUCGGAAACAUGACAAUUGUGACUGCUCCAAACCGAACUCACAAGAGAUUUUCUUCACACAAAGUCACAAGCUGCCAGUGACAAAAGGGAUGACGGUGUGUGUGAGAGCGAGGGAUGAAUUCUGUAAUUCCUCAUGGAGUGACUGGAACCAGUACAAGUGCAAAACCAGAACAAAUAGCAAGCAGAGGAAACGAGAACCAAAGUUAAAGAUGCUAUAA